CGCGUGGCACCGGUAUUACGUAGGUACCUCUACACGACUUUGUACUUUAUAAUAUAAAUUCACGCGCCACAACGUCGGUCCGAGGUUUCGUUUUCGCCGUCAACUAUUUUGUAUGCGAGUUUUUUCGAUUACUGUUUAGAACAGGAAGAUUUUUUUUUCGAAAAAAAUUAGUUUCAAUUUCUGACGAUCGAUACAUUUUAAUAUUAUUUAUGAUUAUUUACGCGCCCCAACGCGACGUGAACAUAAUUAACCCUUUUAUAUGCGGUCUCAUUAUAUGUAAUUUAUAAUAAUAAUGAUAAUGAUAAUUGUUUAAAUGUCGAGCAAGUAUUACAUAUAAUAUUAAUUUAUUAUCGUAAUCACUAUCAUUUUAUAUUAUCAUCAUUGUCGUUAUAUUUUUGUCUUACAACGGACAGUUGUCGAUCACCGCAUUGUUCACGCAGAUAAUAAGAGUCAAUAAUAUAACAAUCAUCUUGCUACGCCGCCGUCAUGAUGAUGAUGGGUCGUCGUCAGCUCGAGCUUUUGGUGGCCACGCUUGCCUUGAUUAACUGCCGGACGGCAGCCAGGAUUUUUGUCGAAGACCAAGCGUAUUGGACGUCAGUGGGCAGGGCCGAGUUGGACGAAGCUCUAAAUGUGGCGAUCAACAACAAAGUUGCGAAGAACGUGAUCCUGUUUAUCGGCGACGGGAUGGGACCAAACACAGUAACAGCUACGAGAAUUUACAAGCACGGCGAGAGCGGACGAUUAACUUUCGAAAAGUUUCCGCACAUGGGGCUGCUCAAAACAUAUUCGGUCAACAAACAAGUUCCGGACGCAGCGAGUUCAGCAACUGCAAUGUUCACUGGUGUAAAGGUUAAUCAAAAGAUUAUUGGCUUAGACGCAAAUCACCACAUUAACGACACAAGUUACUGCGACAAUGCUAAUUCACAGAGCAUUGGACUCGAUUCGUUGGCCACGUGGGCGCAAGAUGCUGGAAAAAGCACCGGGUUUGUGACCAACUCCAGGAUAACCGAUGCUACACCUGCCGCCCUGUACGCCCGGACGUCGAAUCGGAAGUGGGAAUGCAACACCGCCAUGCCACCAAACGCGAAACACUGCAAAGACAUUGCCAGACAGCUCAUAGAAGACCAACCAGGACGAAAUUUUAAGGUUAUAAUGGGCGGCGGCAAGAAAUCGUUCGAAGCUAAUUCACCGCCAAACCCAAAAGAAACAGUUGAAAAACCCUUGUGCGUGCGAUCCGACCGCAGAGACUUGAUCCGAGAGUGGAUACACGACAAGCAGUCCAACAACCUGUCGCAUCAGUUCUUGGCCAGCGUACACGAUAUCAAAUCAUUGGAUACGGAACAAACAGAAUACAUUUUGGGAAUAUUUACAAAUGGAACAAUGCCAAUGGAAUAUACUAGAAACAAAAAAUAUUUAGAAACGCCAUCAUUAGAAUUGAUGACAGAGACAGCACUAAAAGUAAUAUCAAAAAAUCAAAAUGGAUUUUUUUUGAUGGUGGAAGGUGGUUUAAUUGAUGCAGCACACCAUCUAAGCAUGGCUAGAUUAGCCCUGGACGAAACUGUUGAAUUUGAUAAGACAAUCAAUACAUCAAUCAAAUUAUUGAAACAGUUGAACAUGCUAGAAGACACAUUAAUUAUUGUAACCAGUGAUCAUGCUAACUCAUUAUCAAUUAAUGGAUAUCCAAAGCGGGGAAAUAAUAUUCUUGAUGUGGCAGGAACGUCAGAAACAGACUAUGUUAAAUACACGACAUUGACAUAUUCAAUUGGAUAUGCUAAACGUCCAGUGUAUACCCGUGUUGGUUCUUUAGUCAUCAGACAAGAUCCGGCAAUCUCUAGUACAUCUAGCCAUGAUUAUACUCAACAAGUCGGUAUUCCAGAAGAGACAGGGGUACAUGGCGGAAGUGACGUUGCAGUAUAUGCCAAAGGUAAAUUAUUUAAUAGAAAAUUAAUUUGUCAAUUGCUUAUUCAAUUAUUUGUUAUAGGACCAAUGGGACACUUGUUUCAUUCUAUUCACGAACAAAAUUAUAUUGCUCAUGCAAUAGCAUAUGCAACAAAAAUUGGAUUUUACCAAAAUGAACAAUUACAAAACCAAUCUUAUACAUAUUUUUCAAACAUUUACCUCAUAUGCACAUUAAUUUUGACAUUGUUCUAUUUUAAUUAAUCUAUAAUAGUAUUAAGAUUUCAGUAAUAAUUUUAUUGUCUUCUAAAAUUCAUUGUUUUA